UGUCGCCGCCGCCUAUAGCGACCUGAACCGAGCAAUCUGGGAACGAAGCAACUCGCACAUAUUUACACAUCUCAAGGCCCUCUUCAAUUCCUUUUAAGAUGACAAUCCGAGUGCUAAAUCAAGAGAUGGCAAAUGAGCCAGUAAUGGUUAAACAAAAUUUCGUUGAAAUUGGUAACAAAGCUCUAUUGACAGCUAAUGCGAGGAGGAGGUGGAUUUUCGGGCUCGAUGAAAAUCAGAGAUUCAUAUGGGUUGACCGUUGUGUGGAGUGUACGAAAAGGGACGAGAAAAGUGAAGCCGCAAUUGCUUGCACUAGGAGUUGGUGUGUCUUAACAAGGCACAAGCACAAACUUAGUAAAAGUGAUAGUGAUACUGCUAAUAUCACCUUCCCCAGAGCUUCACUUCCUGAACAUCUCAUUUUUAGAAUCCUAACUUUCCUUCCCGCGCACGUACUUCACAAUGUCGCGAUUCAUGUUUGUUGGAGUUGGUAUAGGCUUGUCAAAACCCCCAUUUUCACCCGGGACAACCUCAUCCGAACCCCAUCUUUCCUAAGUUUCAAUACUUACACUUGGUGCGAGGUCCCAUCUGAACUUCAUCUUCAAACCAGCAACAGCCAUUCCCAUGGACCCAAAUUGCAAAUCACGCGCUCUUCUUUGCCUCUUUGUUGCAAGGUUUUGGCUACUUGCAAUGGCCUAGUUCUGGCCAAAACUGGUUCCUACUCAGAAUUUGCCCUUCACUUGGCCAAUCCUGUGACAGGGGAAAACAUAUCCAACUUCCCCGAGUUGCCAGAAAUUCCAGCAAUACAGGCUCUGUGGUUACCCAAUGUGGGGUAUUCUAAUGGCCAUGUUGCUGGCAUAUCAUAUAUGCCUUCCCUUGAUGCCUACAAGGUGGUGCUAAUCCCCUGUCAUUUCAUCCAACCUGUUUUGGUGCUAACCCUUGGCACAGAUGCUGCUUGGCGAUUCGUUGAUUCCACCACUGCUAAAGUUAAUGGAUCUUUACGAUUAAACCUUCAUGAAAUGCACUUCCCUAUUUCCAUAGAUGGCUACAUCUAUUGGACCAAUAAUUUUUACCCUUCGUCCGUACUUGUUUUUGAGGCAGAAUCUGAAAAACUCUUUUACAUACCGUCACCUACAAAGAAAAUGAUAUCGUCCUUCCUCAUGAGCAAUGGUUGGCUAGGCGUAGCGGAGUUUGAAGGCCUUUCUAAUGUGCAAAUUUGGGCCUUGACAAAUGUGGCGCUCAGAGAAUGGACUCAGAUGUUCACCAUAACAACACGAAUGGGCAGCCUGUUUCCAAGAUAUAGAGGCGCCUUCAACAAGUUUAAGGGCCUAAGAAAGGCUCAACUCAUCCAUUGUUCGACAAGUGGGGAGGUGACACUUGUCUACUUCUCAGCAAACAAGAUGGCUAUGUAUUGGCAUGAUGUGACAACCGGAGCUUAUGAAGCGGUCGUCCACAACAGGUCAGAUGUCCUUUAUUUCUAUUCACGUGUCGAAAGCCUCAUUUCACCCAAGAGCAUACCUUCAGCUACACAUUAGCUGCGGCAUAUCGUUUGUCCCCCGUGGCUUCGCUGAGAGGUAAUUUUUGUUUAUCUGGUAGCAAAUGUAGUUUGCAAAGUUUGAAUUUUUACCGUUGAACUGUGAACUGAGUUCUAGGGUUAGCGUGAUCUAGCGUCAGAUCUCCAAUCCCCAUCACCCCCUUACUUUUGUCGGAAACAGCCAGUCUAAGGAUGAUGUCGGAUGAUGUCAUUGCUGCCAAUCACUUGCAAAACUUGUAAGUUUCUCUUUACAACAAGUAUUUGGACGACAACUCAGAAGAGGCAAGCAAUAUCAAAGGAUAUUGCAAUCAUAUUGGCUUGCCUGUUGUUGACAUUAAAGCAGCCAUCCCGUCAAUGCCACACCAUCACAUGUCGUUCUCUUUGUUCCCAAUAGCGAGAAGGAAGCAUAGAGUAGUAGGAGUCAGACGAUCAACAUUAGCUUUGGGGCCUUUGGUAUA